AUGACAGCGGAGUCAGUGACAGCAAAUGUUGAGAGAAUCCGAGAAAUGAUGGAUGGGAUCUUGAGGGAUGUUGAUGGGUAUCUUGAGAGAUACAGGAGCUAUGUAAUGCAUGCAAGAGGAAGGAUAUGUAGAGACAAGCAGGAAGGAGAGGUUUUGCUGCAAACAGUGGCAUCUACUCUGAAUGAGAUGAAGGAGAAGAAUGAAAUGUUGGUUUCUGAGAGGAAUACAUUCAAGGCAAAGAUUGAACAUGAUACUGAAGACAUGAAGAUGUCUGAGAAUGAGAGGCACGAGCUGCUGAACCAAAUCAAGGAACUGGAGAUGAGCAAUCUUGGGUUGAGUGAAGUAGCCAAGGAGAAGAAAAGCAUGUCUGGAGCGCUUGCACGGAAGAUGGAGAUGGUUUCAGAGAGAAAAAAAUCAAGGGAGAGUCAGAUGGAAACGAAAGUAGGACUGUUUAGGAAGUGUCUUGGGAUGGACAUAGUCCCCAUGAAAGAGAAUGUAAUUAAGGUUGUGUUUGGAAGGAUGUGUGCAGAUGAAUCAGUGGAGUGUUUUGUGAUGCUUGAUUUGUCUAUGGAUAUGCCUGUUGUUGACAUGUUUCCAAGGAUUGAUAGUGUUGAGCGAAUGAAUGCAAUGUUUAAGACGCAUGGAAAUUUCCACGACUUUCUCAGUGCAAUGAGAAGGGAGUUUAGGAAAGAAUAUAUGAGAAUGCAGCCAUGA